AUGGCAGAGGCAUACGAGGCCAGAGUGAGCUCUAAUAGAGCUUUUAACGGUGGGCAUUCUAAUUUGUUUUCCAACAAUGAAGACUUCGAAGACUUGGACGAUGAUUUUCUGGAUAUCUACACUAUGAACCCAAGACAACGUUUGUUGCAUCAGGUUCGCAAAUUUCGCAACAGACUUCUGGAAUGGUACAAGAAGCUGCCUUUGUGGAAAAAAAUUGCAGUUGUGAUUGCUGCGCUUUUGCAAUUGGCACUUUCCGUUCUAGUACUAGUUUUCCACAAUCGAAUUUUCAAAGCCAUGAUUGACGCAUCGAACGAGUUAAGGGCAAGGUGGUACACUCCACUAAUUUUCAUUUCGCUGCUUUUCCUGGUGUCAUUCCCUCCGCUAAUAGGCUUUUCUAUGCUCUCGGUAAUGGUGGGUAUUAUCUACGGGAUCAGCUUCAAGGGCUGGAUAACUCUAUUCAUUGGUUCCGUUGGCGGCUCCAUCACCGCAUUUGUUCUGUUUAAGACGCUUCUGCGGUCUCAGGCAGAAAGGCUGGUCCACACAAAUGCCAAAUUCGAAGCGCUGACCUCCAUUUUACAAGACAACGACAGCUAUUGGAUGAUCACUUUGAUAAGGCUUUGUCCCUUUCCUUUUUCCUUCACCAAUGGCGCUAUUGCCGGAAUAUAUGGUGUAACGUUGCGGAAUUUUUCGCUUGGAAGUGCUCUAAUGUCUCCUAAGCUCUUGAUGUAUUUAUUUGUGGGGUCUAGGCUUAAAUCUCUGGGAGAAGAUGGCUCAGCAUCUUCUAAGCUUUUCGACAUUCUUAGCAUUAUCGCCACGGGACUUAUCUUGGCACUAACUACUUGGAUUCUAUAUUCCAGAGCCCGGAAGCGGUACCUUGAGUUGCAAAGAAACCAAAGCUUAGAUGUUUCCUUUGAAACUGUAUUCUAG